AACAUACUUUAUACUAACUUGCUCAGAGAUUGAUCUGUCCCAGAAAAUUUGGAGAUGAUGGCUUGUGCCGCUCGUGCUGGUUCUUCAAGCUUGGAUCGCCUUCAAUCUGCACUGAAGGGCAUAAAGUAUCCCUCGGAGAUCCUAUCAAAAGUCACAAAUGAUUGGGAUUUUUUGAGAAAACUUUGGGAAUUUGCUCAUAAGAGGAGUGAUGCCGCUACAGAUGAGGAGAGGAAGAACAUGCUCAUCUGCCUCAAGAUUGAAGCUACAGCAGAGGAGAUUGCCCAGGAGCUUAUUCGUUUCCGUGAAGAAAAGAUGGUGGAUGAUGACCAGGUAAAAGAUGUAGAAUUCCUAAACGAAUUAGCCCUUGAUUGUGGAAGAAAAGCACAGCGCUUGAUUGCUGAAGUUGAAGAAGCUCUUGACCAUUUGUACCUGAUGUGGUCAAGAGGCGGAGGCAGCAGCAUCAGCAGCAACUCAUUUGUAUUUGAUCUCUCCUUUUGCAUACAUUUACUACAAUAUGUAGGAUCAACUGUGUCCACAAUCGAGAUUAUGGCAGCUAAUCACUGGGGUUAUGAAGAUUCUAGUCUAAAGAUCCAAUUCCAUUCCCUCCAUCGUAAUGUAAUUUACAUCAAAGAUUACCUUGUUUCAUUAUCAUCAGGAGCACCAACAGAUGUACUACAACAUACUCAUCUUUGUUAUCAUGCUCGUGGACUGCCUAGUUUUGAUGCUUGCGUAGGCCAUGUUAUAUCCCUCGCCCUACGAAUUGCAAAUCGAUGUAGUGAUUGCUGGUUAAACUGCAAGACAGGCCAAAUCCAAGUGAUGGAAAGAGAGCUGAUUGAGUUCCUGGUGAAUUUGCAGAGUGAGAUUCAUCCUAGUAAUCCCAAAUUCAUGGGUUUCCAUCUCAAUUUCCUUAUGGCUCUCUGCUCUGCUAAGAAGUUUGCAUUGGAGGAUCUUCUGCCGAGGUUUUGCCACUAUCUCUUCUUUCGUGAAGAUGGAUAUUUUCGAGCCCAGGUAUUCUGGCUAUUACAACUUUUUCUCUACACCAUUUCUAUACUAGAUGAUGAGGACACAGCACAAAGUUUCAUUCCAGAAAUUCUUGCAGUGCUAGUAGAGUUGGCAUCUAUAUUCAAGUUAACUGGUCGUAAUGGGAGAAAACUAGAUAAUUCACCUCGCUGUUCUGAGUUACUUACAAAGAUUUGUCUUCUCGAGGCAGAGCUUUUCCUUGUGGUGCAAAUCCAUAGCAUGAAAAGCAAUACAAAUACUUCCUCUCUUUCCUCUGGUAUGCUUCCCAAUUCAGUGAUGCAUGACUGUAGACAAAUCCCCAAGAGUCUGCGCAUAUAUUCUGGGAAGUUGCCCCAAGAAACGAGAUUAGAUAGGCAAAAGUUGGUGGCACUGAUUGAAUCAGCAUUCGAGGAGGAAAAAUUUCUUUUCGAGUCAUCUAGGCGCAAGGAAAUCACAGCGUCAGCAGCAAAAAACUCACUUCUGCGACUUCGUUUUAAGAUUGUGAUUUUCAAGGGAGAGUCAUUUCUGACGGAGCUAUUGCUUGUGGAGAGCAAGAAUGAUGAAAGGCAUAUGGCUCAUUGGGAAGAUCAAAUCAAAGUCCACCUUCGGAAGCUUGAGUACAUCACACUAAUUCUGUCAGAUGAGAGAGUCAGGGAAAAAGAGGACAUAUUAGGAGCAAUUGGAAAAUCUUUUAUGAGGCUGACAUGUUUCUCUUACUAUUUCCUUAACACACAAGAUGAAAUGACUAACCUUUCAUAUUCUGAGCAGUUAGAUAAUGUGGUGCAUUUGAUCAAGGCAAAGCUCACAGAUAUUAUUCCUCAAUUUCCGAAGUUAAAUUUCCCCAAGGCUUCUAAUUUGGAGUUGUUUGAUUUUCUUUGUAGAAGGCUUGGGGAAUUUCUAAGACAUGAUCCCGCCUCAACUGCGCUGGUGAAGCACCAUGUUGAAGAGAUUCAAAUAUAUUUCAAGUCAUUGAGGUCUUUUUUGGAGAAUGUUUCAGAGUUAGACAUUGAGAAGCAUCCAGAGUUAAAAGAUCUUCUUGAUCGAGCCACUGAUUCAGGAUAUAAAGUGGAGUACAUUGUUGAUUCAAGUGAGGUUGAUGCUCAAUUGCAGGAAUUCUUUUGGUUCGGUGAUGUGGUGGAGCAGUUAAGACUUCUUAGCGAGAAGGCCAGGGGAAUUCAAUUGACAACCCCUCACACGGAAGCCCAAAGUUCCAUGAAUGUCACCCGGGUUGUACUUGACAGGUUAUCAAGAAAUAGUACCCCAGCAAUCAAUGAAAUUGUGGUGGAUCAAAGCAACAGAGGAAGUGAAAUUCUCAAUCAGCUAAUGGGAAGAUCUCCCCAGCUAGAUAUCGUUGCUAUUGUUGGAAUGCCUGGUUUAGGCAAGACAACAUUGGCGAGGAAAGUGUACGACAGCGAGCAUGUCAGAUAUGGCUUCCAUUGCCGUGCAUGGUGCACUGUUUCCCAUGUAUACGAGAAAAGGAGAGUGUUGAUUGAGAUUCUAAAAGGCAUUCACGGGCUUAUGGAUGAGAUUCAUCAAAUGAGUGAUGAAGAGCUCGAGUCCAAAUUGAAAAAGUGUCUGCUGAGAAACAAGUAUCUUGUAGUUAUGGAUGACGUUUGGGAUGUUGAAUUUUGGAAUGAUUUGAAAAAUUCAUUCCCAGAUGAUAAAAAUGGAAGUAGAAUUUUGUUGACAAGUCGCCUCCAUCAAGUGGCCUCGGAAAUUAAACCAGAAAGGGAUCCUCUUUCUCCUCUCCUCUUUUCACAGGAGGAAAGUUGGAAGCUGUUAGAAAAGAAGGUGUUCAAAGAGGAAUGUUGCCCUGAGGAGUUGUUGGCAGUGGGACAGGAAAUUGCUCGCCUCUGUCAAGGAUUGCCUCUUGCAGUUGUAGCUGUAGCAGGUAUACUAAAAAAGACAGAAAAGAGCCAAAUUUCGUGGAAAAGAAUAGCGGACAGUUUCAGCUUACAGAACAUCGAUAACCCAGAAGCUCAGUGCAAGGAAGUCUUAGAACUCAGCUACAAACACCUGCCGGAAUAUCUAAAGCCAUGCUUUCUCUAUCUUGGAGUUCUUAAUGGAGACAGAGACAUUCGAGUCAGCAAGCUGAUACGGUUUUGGCUCGCAGAAGGUUUCAUACCACAAACUCAGAAAAAGAGCUAUGAGGAUGUAGCAGAGAAUUUCUUGAUGGACUUGAUUGACAGAAGCUUGGUGACAAUCUCCCAAAGAAGGUCCAAUAAGAAGGUCAAAGCAUGUAGGCUUCAUGACCUCGUACUUGAUUUCUGUAAGUCAAAAACCAAAGAGACCAACUUCUUUCAGCUAGUCACCAGGUCUGAUUAUCCAUAUGCUUCUUUUCCCAGUUCUGAUUAUGGUUUCGAAUUUGACUUUUACCGUCAUUCAUCUCCUGUAUCAUUUGCAUGCUAUCGGUUGGCUCUAUCUUUGAAGCGAAACCACUUUGUUGAAUCAAAACCUUCUGGCUUGGCCACCCGUUCUUUGGUGUUCUUUGCAUCAACAGAUUCCGAACCUAGAUGCCCUUAUGACAUUUCAUUCAUUUGCCACAACUUCAAAUUACUUAAGGUGUUGGAUUUGGAAUGCAUCAAUUUGGGUAUUUCUUUUCCUGUUGAAAUCGGACUGCUUCUCCACUUGACAUACUUAGCAGUUGGGGGCUACAUGCGAUCUAUUCCACAUUCGAUAGCCAACCUCAGGAAAUUGGAAACACUUAUUGUGAAAGGAUUACGUGGUAAGAUCAUCUUACCAAAUACUAUCUGGCGCAUGACGUGUUUAAGGCAUCUUCAUGUCAAUGUUCAUGUUGCCUUCGACUCAGAUGUUGAAGAAUCUGUUGAUAGCUCUGUAUUAGCAAAUUUGGUCAGCUUUUCCUGCCCAUCUCUUUCUUGUGGUGAGGAUGCAGAAAGAAUAAUCAAGAGGCUUCCAAAUCUUUGCAAAUUGAGUUGCAUAUUCUAUGAAUCACAAUAUUCCUCCACAAGUUGCAAUCAGUUUCCAAGGUUGAAGUUUCUUUCUCAUUUGGAAUCCCUCAAGAUCUUUUACUAUGGGAACCCUCUUCACAAUGGCGAGUUCAAUCUGCCAUUGAGUUUGAAGGAAUUGACUCUAUCACGCUUCUGCUUACCAUGGAGUCAUAUCUCUGCAAUUGGCACUCUACCAAACUUGGAAGUUCUCAAGUUACUUUCUGGUACCUUUGUGGGGCGAACAUGGGACAUGAUGGAAGACGAGUUCCAGAAACUCAAGUUCUUGAGCUUAGACACUCUGGACAUCGCCGAAUGGAAUGCCUCUUAUGAUCAUCUCCCCAAACUUGAGAGACUUGUCCUGCGAAAUUGCAAAGGCCUUGAGAAAAUCCCAGAAGAUCUUUCUAACAUAGCUUCAUUGGAAACAAUUGAAGUGCAUUGGUGUGGACAAUCUGUGGAAGAGUCGGCAAUUGAGAUUAGGAAAACAACCGGGGACAUCAAAGUCCUUAUCACGAGUUCAAAUUUGAGUUCAUAAGCAUGACUUGAAUCACGUUACUGUAUUCUUCCACUCACUUGUUGAACUUGUGAAAACUCCUGAUUUAGAUAUCCCGAGGUAUUGGUGCUCAACGAAAGAAGGCUGAAGUCUAUACUUUGAAGGAUCAGCUGGAACUUCAGAGGAUUUCAUUCACCACAAGCAAGACAUUGAUGCCAAGCUUUGCCUUAUAUUGGAACUUUCCAGUUUUAUAUUCAAUAUUAUGUUUGUUGGAUAAUAUACCAACUAAUGUAACAAUGUGUCUGAAUUUGAUUGCUAAGUGGCAUUUCAGUGUUGCCUUUUAUGUCUAAUGAUACUGAGCUGUGCCAACUUGUUAUCUCAUACAGUUGGUUUUUUCUGCUGAACCUACGAAGCAGGGAGCUACUAAAUGUUCUAUGGAUGCUUGUUUGUCCAUACUAAAACGCAAUGGCUUCUUGUUGUCAAUGGUUUUGUGUUUGAUCUUACUCG